AUAGCGUCCGGUUGCCUACGCGGAGGUGACAACGCGCGCCUAAAGGAAUUUUUGCUUUCAGCAGACAAGCAGACAAGCAGACAAGCUGGCAAUUUGUGAAUUUGUUUUUGCAAAAAUUUCUAUUAUGUUGUUUGUUUGGAAGCACUGUGCGCACCCCUGUGUCCACACGCCCUGUAAGUGGGCUUAACAAAAUUUCAUAGUGCAAAAGUGCUUACGCGGCGGUUUCAUAGUGAAUUUGAAUUUUGUAGUAUUUGAGCAAAACGAAAGGAAAAUAAAUAAAACGAGCAGAUUGUGCGGCGCAGCAACAUAGAUUGCUUACAAAUCACUAUUGUUCCCCUUUUGUGUGUGUAUGUGUGUAUGUGUUUUUAAGGCGCUAAUCGGCGUAGGAACGCCGCAAAACCUGCUGGCGGUGUGUUUGUGCCAGUGCGCUGUGUGUAUUGCGGGGCGUAUACGCAACAUUGCGUGCUAUAUAAGCGCAACUACAAUCAGAGUAGCGUGUGAAUUUGCUGACUGAUGCGUGCUAACUGCGUCCAAAUUUAAAUAGUAUACUUCACAUUUGACGUAAGAGAUGAGCGCUGAUUUCAAUUGGCUGUUUAUAUUCUUAUUACCGAGGAAUUUGUGGAUUAUAAAGUAGUUUAAAAGGAAUGCUAUCGCACUAAAAUAUUGCUGUGCUUCGCUGAGGAGCAGAAAAACAGUCUCUUCCAACCAUGUGCCAAACAGGAUGAAUAAUAUAGCCAAAUAUAUAAUGAACAUGCUGAACAAAAACACACAUGCAAGUUUUUGUUUAAAAUUUAUUUUCUGGUGUGGAAAAUUAUAGUGAUGUCGACUGUGAACGCAAAUGAUGAAACCUUCAACAAAAGAAAGUACAAUUGCAAAAACGCGCAUUUCCAUUGCAUAGCCACAGGCGCAUGGCGCUGAUGUGAAAAUUUCUCAAAAAAAUAUGCGUUGAAAGACACUUUCGUCAGUGCACAACAACAUAGCAAUUGAAGUCACAAAAAAUUAUAUACAACAAAAACAACAACAAUAAUAAAGGCUUAAUUCACAAGCUUGAAUACAUGCUGAAUGCGCCUUUCGUCGGUGUCGUCGCCUAAAUGAAGUUAACAAUCUGUCAAAUUGGUAAAUUAUUUCUGCUGCUGACAGCUUUCUUCCUACUCCUCGAUUCCCAACAGUUAGUGGGUGUGCAUUGUACCACCGAAAAAGUUGCCAUUGAACGUUUGAAUGCAUCGGCUGCUGACACCAUAGGUGAGCUGACAACGGUAGCUGCAAUAAGACAGGCACAAAAAACCACAACCGCAAACGUGACAGCUGUCAGGGCAGCAGUGAUAGCCGAUAAGGUGUGUAAGCAAAAUAACAAAAAAAGCAACAACAAGAAAAGCGGAUCCUCUGAGGUUUGCGUUGAAGAGCAAAGUCAACCGCAAGAAAAGGAAGAGUUGGCAGCACUUGAAGAGCCGCACACGAUAACGGAGUACACUACAACAACAAAAGCUUCCAGCACCAAACGAGACCACUUGCUGCAUGCCCCACGUAUUGGACACCCAAUUGUCGGAGAAUUAAUGAGCACAGUGGAGUCAGGUCGUGUGCAACAGUUCCGCGCUGAGGCACAAGAUGUGGCGCAAACACAACACAAAUUAAUUACAGCAACACCAACAACGCAGUCAACGGCGGCUGCAGCGCCUACAGCAACUGUGGCAACCACAAAACUGCAGAGUGUUGGAGAACGCUCAGGUGGACAAAAUGUUGCAAAUAUUGACUCGACAACAGAGCGACAAAAUCGCCAAAGAAUGGCAUAUAGUGCGCAACAACAACGUGUGCGGCAAUUACAGCGGACUGAGCAGGCAAGUGAACACCAACAACCAGAGCAGCAACAACGCCGAGCAGAGCAAAAACAUCGACCGCGACAGCAAUUUGACACAACACGGCAGCCAUUAGCAACAAAAGCAACAGCAGAAACACGCACAACAACAACAACGCUUAGCGGAAGUCUUGCACGCGCUCACUUAUACUCCGAAAUGAAGAAGUCGCCAAAGUUUUCAACCAAAAUGUCGCAGCAACAGCUGUCAACUCCACUCCAACAGCAGCGACGAAAGUCAGCAAAUAAGGAGAACGAGCCAAAAAGACAACUACAACAAAAACACGCAAGACCGGAGAUACGCAAGCAGCGCAAGCCAAAGCCACUUGAAGGAAGACAACAACAAAAACUACUACAACAUGUGGCGCAAGAACAAUUAUCGACUUUAAAGCCACUGCGAGCACAAAAGCGCCAACCGCAACCAAAUGAAACGGAACGGCGGCAGCGAGUGGACGAACAGCUGCAACAGGAUGCUCAGCACGUCCCCGAACACGAACCGCUGCGACAACAACAGCAUACCGGCGUACGCCAGCAACAUGUGGGCGUUUUAAUACCAUCCCGCAUUUUGGACGUGUUGCAUGUACAGCAGGGCUUUUACAAUUUUCUGGAUUUCUUUCAUGUCAAUCUGCAAAAUGUCAGUGUCGAUUUUCUACGUGAUGACGAUUUAAGUGGCUUCAUUAAAUUGCUCGAACAACCGAAAUAUACAACUGUGGUGAAAACCUUAAAUACCGGGAUUAAUCUCGCUGACGAAGAGCAGCCGCUGAAUGGAAAAUCAUCAGCAGCAACAGCAACAGCGGCAACACGGCCAAGUCAGCGGCAAUCACAUCAACAGCAAUCUGUAGCACCGGCACAGAUUAAUAAUGCAACAGCGGCUUUCUCGAAGGUUGGCGAAAUGAAAAAGUCAUCAACGUCAAGUAAUGCGCCACUUGUCGCCUACUGUCACUUGGCCGAGCAGCUGUCACGAGAUUUUAAUAAAACAGUACUCGUUUGGCCGUGUCCGCGAAUGAAGGAAUCUAGCAAUUUUCUACCCUCAUUUGAAGCGAUUUCCUACGCUGUAAAGAGCAUUGCGACAAAACUUAAUUGGACUCAUGUUGACAUUUAUGUUGGUGAUGAAAAUUGGGGUAUGCCACUCGCCAUAGCGGCAAACCUGCAUGUGUCGUAUAAAAUUGAAAUCGGCGACGACAUACGUGACCUGCAUGCACAGGAUAAAAUUGGUAGAGCCAUUAUCAUCACGGCGGACAUGAACGAUGCCAGCACAUUACAUCUGCUGACACAGUUGGUGAGCCUGCGACACACCAAAGUGCUGCUCAUCGAUGUGGUGGCCACGUCCUUUAAUGCGGAGAAUAAUUUCUACAAGAAUUUGGCGCGCAUUAACGGCAGCGCCGAACUAAUGUCCAAUUUGCUGUUACUAACAGUGCUGAGCGAUAAGUACCGUUACUUCUUGAAGGUCGCCUUCGAGGACAACGGCAUUGGAUUGGUGCAGAAUUUCCGGCAAAUGCGGCGUUGGAAGGCGAUGACAACCGACGGCAAGCGGGGUACCGAAGCGAGCAUACUCAAUUGGCCAAUGCACUUGGACAGCUCGGUCACGCGUGCGCUGCAGGAGCACGAAGAGGCCAUGGCUGCUGAGACAUUCGUAGGCAAUAAUGAGAACACUGCGACCACAACGAGCACAACAACUGUGCAGCCGACGCGUGACACUUUGGCAGCAUUCGAUGAGUGUCCACAGCUGAGUGGGCUGAAUUUUGUCGAGAUCUGUCCGAAUAUCGAAAAUGUAACGGGGCAUUGCGUGCAGUUCUUACAACAAAAUCACAACGACAAUAAUGCUACACGUAAUGGCAAAUUGUUGCAACAGCUGCGCACAUUGCUGAAACAACUAUGCCACAUACAUCCGGUCACCGGACAUACCCGCGCCGAGCAGGCGCGCAUUGCCAAUUUGCGAAAUUUCAUAGACUUUUUUCAUUUUUACGAUUUCAUAAUUACGAAUGUGCGACAACAGCUAGCGGCACAUGCAACAAAACCAAAUCCCAGCAAAAUAAAGCAAGCGCAUAUGCCGACCGCAAAGCGAAACAAAAAUCGGAGCGGUAGUGGCGGUGUCGGUGCUGGUGGUGAUGACAUUGACACGCCAGCUGGCGUUAUCAGCGCGCAAUUGCCCAAGUACGAUUUCAUUGUAUUGGAUGUGGUGCACGAAAAUGCGACUGCCAACAAUAAUAACCACAAUAAUAACAGCAAAAGUAGCGUUACCACAAAUGCGGCUAUAGUUGACUUCAAUGAUGGUGUCAAUGCUGACGCCAAUGCAACGGCGGAUGCGGAGUCAACAGCAUCAAUUGACUCAAUCAAAUGGCGGCCACUGUUGAUUCUGGAGCAGCAUGAAAUCAAUUCCAACACUUAUAUUACACAUUCCGUGCAGCCGGGCUACGACGAAUGGCUGCUGGUGAGUACGGCUCAGCUUUGGCAAUGCGGCGCCAUCUGCUGGACAAUUGUGGCCAUUUGCAUUGGAUUGCUUUUGAUUAUUGUGGCCGCAAGCGUGACUGCCGGCAUAGCAAUGAGGAAUUACUUUCUGCGUAAGCGCCUCUCGAAAGGACCCAAUAAAAUUGUACUCUCCGCCGAUGAUUUUGUCUUUCCAGUCGACUCACGCAGGGUCGAUGAGGGCAUCGAAGCCAUGCUUUGCUGCUGGCUGCAACAACUACAAGAGUUCGGUGGCCCCGAAGUCGACAAGCCUGAUUUGCUCAAAGGCUCAAUCGGUUCGCUAAAAAAUCUUGGCCUAAUCAUACCGGGCGCCGGCACAGCCACCGCUGCUGGAGCCGCAGCCACAGCGAACGGCGGGAAAGGUACAUCCGGCACAAAUAGCUUAGCGCGACAUAAUCCCGCGCUGCUAGACAUGCGUGCACGCUACAAUGGCGAUUUGGUGCAACUGAAAGAGAUACCCUUGAACGGUUCGACUGAACUGAAGGCCAAGGCAAUGGACUUGUUGGUGAUAGCGCACGGCAUGCGACACGAGAACAUUAACCCCUUAAUUGGUUGGCUAUCCGAUCCGAAUCGCACAGCCAUGGUGUUCGAUUACUGUUCGCGCGGUUCGCUACAGGAUGUGCUCAUCAUGGACGAAAUCAAAUUGGAUUGGAGUUUUCGUCUCAGUUUGUUAACGGAUUUGGUGCGCGGUAUGCGCUACUUCCACGCCUCACCGCUGCGCGUGCAUGGCACAUUAACGUCCCGCAAUUGUGUUGUAGACGCGCGUUGGGUACUAAAAAUAACCGAUUAUGGUCUGCCAUCGUUCUAUGAGGCGCAGAAUCUACUGCCGCCCUCUCGCACUGCAAAAGAACUACUGUGGACAGCACCGGAAUUGCUACGUUCAAUGAAAACUCAUCAUCAUCACCAUGGUCGCGUGCUGGGCACACAAAUGGGUGACGUCUAUUCUUUUGGCAUCAUCAUGCAGGAGGUGGUGGUACGCGGGGAGCCCUACUGUAUGUUGUCGCUAUCGCCAGACGAAAUAAUAGCGAAGAUUAAAAAGCCACCGCCACUGAUACGGCCAUCGGUAUCGAAGGGAGCGGCACCGCCAGAGGCCAUCAACAUUAUGCGUCAGUGCUGGGCUGAACAGCCGGAAAUGCGGCCCGACUUUAAUUCCGUUUACGAACGCUUUAAAAUGCUCAAUCACGGACGAAAGGUGAACUUCGUCGACACAAUGUUUCAAAUGCUGGAAAAAUAUUCAAACAACUUGGAGGAGCUAAUACGAGAGCGCACAGACCAAUUGGACAUUGAAAGGAAAAAAACUGAACAGUUAUUGAAUCGCAUGUUGCCAAGUUCGGUGGCGGAAAAAUUGAAAAUGGGUUUGGCCGUUGAACCAGAAGAAUUCUCCGAUGUUACAAUCUAUUUUAGCGACAUCGUUGGUUUUACAACGAUUGCGGCCCACUGUAGUCCCGUACAGGUUGUGGACCUGCUGAAUGAUCUGUACACCAUUUUCGAUGCCACGAUCAACGCCUACAAUGUGUACAAGGUGGAAACCAUUGGUGAUGCUUACAUGGUUGUUAGUGGCUUGCCGGUGAAAAUACCCGAUCAUGCGGAACAAAUAGCCACAAUGGCAUUGGAUUUGCUACAUCAAAGUGGGCGUUUCAAUGUCAAACAUUUACCCGGUGUACCGUUGCAAUUACGUAUAGGUUUGCAUACGGGUCCCUGCUGUGCAGGCGUCGUAGGGUUAACAAUGCCACGUUACUGUCUCUUCGGUGAUACGGUGAAUACAGCGUCACGUAUGGAGUCCACAGGUUCCUCUUGGCGCAUACACAUGUCUCAGGAGACACGUGAUCGCUUGGAAGCACGCGGCGGCUAUACGAUAGAACAGCGCGGAUUAAUUGAGAUAAAGGGAAAGGGAAUGAUGAACACUUUUUGGCUAUUGGGAAAGAAAGGUUUUGAUAAACCGUUACCUGCACCACCGCCGAUCGGUGAAUCCCACGGUCUCGAUGAGUCGCUCAUCCGCAACUCGAUCACACUCAAAGCACAAGCGAACAAAUCACGCAACAGCACCAAUCCAUCCUCAAGUCAAUCCUCUUCGCUGGCUGGCGAAUCUGUCGAAGUCAAAGUGGAGAUUACGCCACCCACCAAUGUGGACGUUUGCUCGUCGAACUUGCCGAACUCAUACUCGUUGGACUCCACCUCUACGAACACAAUCAGUCCGAAUGUCACAUUAUGUCCGGAUUUCCCUGCGAAGACACCUAACGCCAGCCCACAAUCGCGCAAAAUGUCUGAACUCUCACCUGACAACUUGCUCACACCAGGCACUUUCAAUCGUCUGCCGAGCUCGGCAGGUGGUUCUUCAUCCCGCCUCUAUAAAAAAAUCGAAGAGAUGAUGGAUCUUAGUUCACCGUACAAUCAUUACAAGUGUCUCAGUCCUAGCGAGAGUAAUCUCACACAAUUCUACGAUGGUAAAUACUUGUACAGCGGUGGUGGUAUUUGUAGCGCCGUCGGCGGCGGUACUGGCUCUGGCGGCGGUAGCGUACACAGCAGUAGCGUUAAAUUCGACUCCAAACCUGGCUCAAGUCGUCUAUUGCGCCGGCAAUUCAGUCUCGAUCGCGAUGACACACAAUCCAAAUCGGAACAUCAUCAUCACCAUCAGCAUCACCAAAGCUCUUUGCAGGGUUCAUUUGCUAUGACGCUUAUGAAUAAGUCCUCAAUGUUGGAAAUACCAAUAUUACAUGAAACCUCGCGUAGUCCGAAAGGCACAUUGACACGUGCACACAAACAGAAUUCCACUUCGAUCACGCAAGAUCUGGAGAAAAUCGAGGAAAUACCGCUUUCGCCUGCAUCCUCACAACAUCACAGCAGUUUGGACAGUAAUCUGAAUCGCAGUCCACCCUCCACGGUAGAGGCACAAACACCACCAACAAGUGCGACAUUAGCGACUGCAUUGCUGUCGGCGCCUACCUCGCCAGCGCCAUCGCGCACCUUAAACGGCGUCGGUUAUAAUAUGAGCGGCGGCGUCGGCGCUGUAACAGAGAGUCCCACCACCGAUGCCUCGACGGCAACCACCACGGCUUCAGUUAACUCAAACAAUACGACUCCUGGUGAGGAGAGUGGUAUUCGACGCAAUGAACUGACAUUGAAUGUAGAGACUUUACUUAGCAGGUAGGACACAGUUUAAGGCGUUCAGUGUGGAACGUCUGUGUAAGACUGGUUGUGUGGCUCGUAUGGAAUACGAGUCGGACCAUAAGCAGAUAGUGUUAAGCAAUUAAAACGCUUAUGCUUUGGAAAGCGCUUUGAGCACUUUUUUUUUCAAUAUUCACUAUUUUCUAUUAUAUUUUUUGUUACCUUGUAAGACCCCUCAGCUACGAAUGCACAAACUCUUAAUUGCCUAACCAUAAUCGCUGGCUUUUUACUGACCGUUUAGGUAUGUUGUUGUAGGUGAAAACUUAAGUUCCAUGCAGUACAAAUCUGUUAGAGUCCAUAAGGAAUGUGAUCUUUAUUAAGUAUGAUAUUUUGGAUGGAAGAUUGUUAGUAAAAAUAUAGGCAAUUGUAGCGGUUUUUAUGGGAACUUUAUCUAUGCAAGUAAGUUCAUGUGAGAAGAUCUUGUUUUAGUGUGCCAUCUAUAGAUCACUGAAUCAUAGAAAAAUCUUAUAAUGGUCUUUAAAGUCUUAUUUAAAUGGGCAGGUCCUUUAUGAAGAGACUUUUCAAUAAGGGCGGGACAUCAUUCGUAUGAAGUGCUUCCACAGAUAUAGGAGGUACUUUUCGUUCAUUCGAAUAGAGGUUCCAGUGAAAAAUAUUUAUAUAUACACUUACAGAACGAAGUCAAUCGCUACACAUUUGAUUAAGGAGGUAAACUAUUUAAACUAUAUUCAUCGAGUACCAAGUUUUCAGAAAGAUUUUGAAAAGCAGACAUCAAAAAACUUUGGUUAGAAAACCAGUGUUCCAUCGACUGAGCUCUUACAGAAUUUCACUUAAAUAUUGUAUCAGCUCGUGUAAGGUAAAUUCAAGCUGACUAUCAGUCAUUGAUAGCUAACUGACUCGUCGUAAACGAAGCUGUUAACUGUAAGUGUACGAGUUCACAGAGUUUAUUUCAUCGAUAGAAAUAAGCAGAGCUCGAAAUAGAACAUUUAAUCGGUUCGAGGUUAUUAUUUUGGUGAUCGUCAACGAUCACUCGUUGCUGGUCUUGCCUUUAAUAUCUGCUUAGUGUUGCUAGUGAGAGACGUGGAUGAAUUACGUAUCUUAAAAGGUGUAUAAUCUAGCCUAUACCUUA